AUGGCGGCUCGACAAGGGCCCGCAUUGCCGCCGCACCUCGCACGGCAACGCCAGCAAGAGGCUGAGGCCAAGGAAGCAGCGCCAAGCGUGGCAGGCCCGGCACUACCACCCCAUUUGCAGACUCGUCGUGAUGCUGACGUGAGUGACCGAGACACACCAGGUGCUUCACACAGUGCUGUUGAUGAUGGUCCCGCCGCUGUGGCCGGACCAAGCCUACCACCGGGGUUUGUCCGAACUGCUGUUCCUGAAUUGGACCGGCGCCCCGUCGCUGGUCCGGCCCGGCCACCAGUCAACGCCGAUACAACUGGCGGAGAUGCCGGUCCUGUGUCGCGCCCAGAUGAGGAUUCGGAUUCGGACGACGAUGACAUUGGGCCGAUGCCGCAGGCCCCAGGUGACGCCGAGGCCAGCGACCACGCAACGGUUUUGGCUGACUUUGAACGUCGCGCGAAGCAGCAGAAGGACACCCUCCUGGGUCUUAACCGCCCUGUUGCCACCGAGCGGGAGAGCUGGAUGACCGAACUACCUGAAGCCUACCGCAAGAACUUUGGCAUGGACAACCGCUCCUUCCGGCAGUCAUACGGCGCUGGUCAGGUGGAUCAGAGCUGGGCCCGGGCGCCCUCGAGUGCGCAGCCAGGCAGUGAAGCACCUACCCCGCAACCGCCUUCCAAGGGUCCUGCGCCGCAGCCAACCGUGCGCGCCGCACAGCAGCAACAGGAAGCCGCCCGGGUAGUGCAGGCAUACAACGAGAAGCAUCGCGGACAGUCGUUGGUUGACAUGCACAAGGCAAAACGUGCCAAGCAACAGGAGACCAGUGGUUCUAAACCAGCUGGCCGCCGUCGGUUCGAUCCAGAUGUAGAUUUGCACGGUACCCGCAUCAGUGCCGACAAACAACGACAGAUGAUUGCCAAGGCCUCGUCUUUCCAAAGUCGCUUUGCUCAUGGCAAGUAUUAG